CUGACGACAAGGACUCCUUGAAGGAGCCCUUCCCCUCCAAAAUGCCAGAUACGAGCAUGAGCGCUAGAGAAAGAAAAACGAAGGAAAGGAUACGCGUACUAGAGAUAGACCACAUUGAAUGUGAAACCUGUCGCACCUCUAUCGUGGAACGCAAGAUACCCCCCUGCCACUCCCCUUCGCUCCCUGGACUCGCCAUCUGGAAGCCUCUCCCAGCAGACCAUCAGUCCGCCCGCGGGCACUUUGUCUAUGGCUUUCCCCUGCGAAUGGACAAACUCGAACGCGUAUCGGCUCGAAUGGGCGACACCCGGAGCCUUAGAUUCGACCUCGUCCAACAGGCCGUCCUCGUCUCCACCCGUCUAGAGGCCAUGACCCAAUGGAAACACGCACUGUACUUCGAGUACGGAAAGCCCGAUGCACAAAGUGAGGAAGAGGGUAUGGCGGAAUACAACGAUUUCUACAAGAUGCGCGUGGUGCCCUUGUUGGCAAUGGGGUGCACCGCGAGUAAGAAGCUGUAUCAUCGACGGCCGACGCCCGAGCAGAUGGAGGUGUUCGAGGAUUACCUUGGGGAGGCGAGGUGGUUUGAGACUCCUGAGACUAAAGGGAAGUAUCCGCGGAGGUCGUUCAAGGGGGUUAUCCCUGCAUGUAGCUAUGCACUUUAGAGCGUUGAAUCUACCUGUAGUAUGUAUGUUGUUUCUUUGAAUAUUUAAUCAUCGAGUGCAUGAA